AUGAAAGUGCUGGCCAGUUUAAAAGCACGUAAGGGUGACAAGAUAGCGAGAACUGUUAGAAGACGGCAUUCCUCAAUUUUAAAACCCCCAAGGAGUCCUCUUCAGGACCUCAGAAGUGGGAAUGAAGCAGUUCCGGAAUCCAAUCCUGUGAGAAAUAGGAAAAGCUCUCGUCGAGUCAGCUUUGCAGAUACUAUAAAGAUAUUCCAGACAGAGUCUCAUACGAAAACACUGAGAAAGUCAGAAAUUGCAGAAAAAGAAGCAGGAGAAAAUGUUCUGCUUAUGCAGAAUAAAAGUCCAGAAGAUAAUCACUGUGAGAUUACUGGGAUGAACACAUUGCUUUGUGCCCCCAUUCAGAACCUGAUGCAACAGAGAGAGUUUUCAGUUAUAGAACACAACCAAGGAAGGACACAUGAAAAUGACCACCAGACAGUUAUCUCUUCAGAUGAAAAUCAGAUGGAGCUGACAGCAAGUCAUACUGUGAUGAUUUCCAAAGGCCUUUCAGAUUGUACCAAAAGUGAAAAAUCCACCAAGAUAGAUACCAAAUCAUUUCUGGCUAGCCUAAAGCUCCACACUGAAGAUUCAAAAAUGAGAAAAGAAUUAAAUGUUUCCAUGGAUCAAAAUACUUCUUCAGAAAAGAAAAUAAAUUUCAGUGACUUUAUAAAAAGAUUGAAAAUGGGAAAACCAAAUGCUUCUCCUUCUGAAGAGUCUGAUAAAGAAAAUUGUGACCUAUCUGUUCAUGCCAAAGAAUCAAAGAAUGCCUCUUCUAUACAUCAUAUGGAUGUAUCUCUUAAUGUAGAUGAAAAUAGCAGUAAUAGGACUAGAAUCUUUAGAGAACAAGAUGAUGGGAUGAAUUUCACCCAGUGUCAUACAGCCAAUAUUCAGACUUUGGUUCCUAUAUCCAAUAAGACCAGCUUAAGGGAAGUUAAAAGUGAUGAUAUUACAAUUUAUGGUGGUGAUUUUAUGGACUUGACAAUUAACCGCACUACACAGAUUUUACCCUCAGCAGAUAAUUUAUCUGAAAUAGAAAACCAAACUCAGAAUGUCAGGAUGGAUGUUACAACAGGUUAUGGAACUAAAUCUCCAGGAAAGAAGAAAAUCUUUAAGAAUAAGCUGAAUGCUGCAUUUCAAGAUUCUACCUUAAGCCCUGAAGAUGAAAUACAUAUUACCAGAAGUCAUCUUAUGGGAGCAGAAACUCACACAGUCACACAGGCCUGUAACGAAGAUAGCAAAAGUUUGGCCAUGGGCUCAGAAUCUAUAUGUUCCAGUUCGGCUGUUCAAGAUUAUAAGACUGUUUUUUAUUCUAGGUGUAGUGAUUCCAUGGAACUGACCAAAUGUCUCUCAAGUAUGAGAGAAGAGAAAAUUUUACUAAAGCAUGAUAGUAAUUAUUAUAAAAUGUGUCCCAAUUCAGAUGCCAUCUCUCUUAUCACAGAAAAAACUUUGUAUUCAGGAGAGGAUAGCAUGAAUAUUACCAAAAGUCACACAGUUGCUAUAGAUAAUCAGAUUUUUAAACACGAUCAGACAAAUGUACAGAUAACAGCUACACCAAUGUCUGAAAAGGAAAUGAUACUCCAAAAUCACAUAAGUGUGGCAGAGGAUGGGAAAAUGAAUGUAAAUUGUAGCUCAGUUCCUCAUGUUUUUAAGGAAAGAUUACAGCAGAGCCUAGCAAAUUCUUUGUCUAUUUCAUUGACUGACAGAAAGACUAAACUCUUAACAGAUGAAGAUAUGGAUUUGACUAAAUGUCACACAGGUAACUUAGGAAGUCAAACUCCUCUUGCAUCUUACAAUCUAGCACCUGAGAAUUCUAGUAAAUCUCAGUUUCCCAGCAAAAGCCCUUCAGAUGAAUGGGAAAAAAUGACUAAAAAUCACAGUGAACCAACUCUACAAUCAAAUGUGGUAUCGGAAAACAUCUUCACCACUAUCUGGGGCAAAGAAAAAGAUCAGAUUUUGAAGAUUUCACACUAUCUUGAUAAAGAUUCUCCUCAGUCAGUUAGUUAUAACCAGAACGUAGCAAAAACCCAUAGUAUUAUCUCCUCUGGUAGAGAUCUUGAUGAAGAAGUAGCACUGGGAAAUAAUAGAAAUACAGUUUCAUGUGAGCAAUCUUUGUUUUCUACCACAAAGCCUUUAUUUUCAUCAGGACAAGUGCUCAUGAAAAAUCAUAAUACUACUGUUAACAGCCAUAUAGUGAUAUCUGUACCAGAUGAGAAUUCUAAACUGCCUGAGCCACUGAAGAAAAGUUUAGGCAGCCCCACACUUAGCUGUUCUCAUGACAAGCUGAUUAAUUGUUCAAUGGAGGAACAAAACAUGGAUUUAACCAAAAGUCAUACUGUUGUCAUUGGAUUUGACCCUUCUGAAGUGCAAGAACUUGGUAAGACUAAUUUAGAACAUACAAACAGUCAGCUAACAACAAUAAGCAGAGAGAUAGCUGUAAAAGUUGAAAAAUGUAAUAAAAAUCCUAUAGAAAAGACUGGAGUGUUUAUAUCUAAUGUUACAGAAAUAUUGGAGGACAAAACUGUACAGAAACCUGGAUUUCUGAAUGAAAAGCAAAAUGUCAAAACUUGUGGAAGGAAAAGUGUUGGCGGACUAAAAAUUGAUAAGUCAAUUGUAUUUUCAGAGAGUGAUGAGAAUGAUAUGGAUAUCACCAAGAGCUGUACAGUAGAAAUAAAUCAUAGACCUUUAUCAGAUGAACAUGAUUCCCAUUUGGUGCCUUUGGCAGGAACUUCUAAAACUGUUUUGUAUGCACGUGGACAGGAUGACAUGGAGAUCACUAGAAGUCACACAACCGCCUUAGAAUGUCAACCUGUCUCACCAGAUGAAGUAACUGCUAGGCCUAUGGACAAGACUGUAUUUCUAGAGAAUCACAAUGAUCUAGAAAUGACAAAGUCCCACACUGUUUUCAUUGACUACCAAGCAAAGGAGAGAACUGUGUUUCCAGACAGACCUAACUUUGAGCUACCCAAAAUGAAAAGCCUAGGAAAACCAAAAGUGACAUCUACUCCAGAUGAGGAAACUGUUUUCUUUCCAGAGAACAGUGAAAGUGGCCACGCAGCAGCAAAACGCAGCCAGCUAACACUAGAGGGAAAGUGGUGUAAUAGUGGUCUAGAGAAAGCUGUACCAUUUAUAGCUGAUGAUAACAUGGAGGUGUGUAAAUUGAUGACUUGGAAAAAUGAUAAAAAUAUACAAAAGCAUGGAUUUCUGAAUGAAACUCAAUCAGGAAAAUGUCAGGGAAGGAAAAGCCUCAGACUCAAAAAUGACAAGAUUAUUGCAUUUUCAGAGAGUGAUAAAAAUGAUAUGGAUAUCACCCAGAGUUGUGUGGUGGAAAUAAGUCACAAAAGUGCCCUAGGAGAUAAAGAGGACUCCCACUCGAUGCCUUUGGCAGGAACUUCUAAAACUAUUUUGUAUGCAUGUGGACAGGAUGACAUGGAGAUCACUAGAAUUCACACAACUGCCUUAGAAUGUCAAUCUGUCUCACCAGAUGAAGUAACUGCUAGGCCUAUGGACAAGACUGUAUUUCUAGAUAAUCAUAAUGAUCUAGAAAUGACAAAGUCCCACACUGUUUUCAUUGACUACCAAGCCAAGGAGAGAACUGUGUUUCCAGACAGACCUAACUUUGAGCUACCCAAAAUGAAAAGCCUAGGAAAACCAAAAGCGACAUCUGCUCCUAAUGAAGAGAGUGUUUUCUUUCCAGAGAACGGUGAAAGUGGCCACCCAGCAGCAAAAGGCAGCCAGCUAACACUACAGGGAAAAUGGUGUAAUAGUGGUCUAGAGAAAGCUGUACCAUUUAUAGCUGAUGAUAACAUGGAGGUGUGUAAAUCGAUGACUUGGAAAAAUGAUAAAGAUAUACAAAAGCAUGGAUUUCUGAAUGAAACUCAAUCAGGAAAAUGUCAGCGAAGGAAAAGCCUCAGACUCAAAAAUGACAAGAUUAUUGCAUUUUCAGAGAGUGAUAAAAAUGAUAUGGAUACCACCCAGAGUUGUAUGGUGGAAGUAAGUCACAAAAGUGCCCUAGGAGAUAAAGAGGACUCCCACUCAAUGCCUUUGGCAGGAACUUCUAAAACUAUUUUGUAUGCAUGUGGACAGGAUGACAUGGAGAUCACUAGAAUUCACACAACUGCCUUACAAUGUAAACCUGUCUCACCAGAUGAGAUAACUACUAGGACUAUGGACAAGACUGUAAUGUUUAUGGAUGAUCACAAUGAUCUAGAAGUCACCAAGUCCCACACUGUUUUUAUUGAUUGUCAAGCCAUGGAGAAAAUAUUUCAAGAGUGCCCUAAGUUUGGAAUAACAAAAGGAAAAAACUUGGGUGUUUGUUUUCCUAAGGAUGACAGCUCUUUUCAAGAAAUCACAAAAAACCAAGCACUGGCCAUAGAAAACAAAAUUAUUCCUCACAGUGAACAACAGCGUCAUAUAGUACCCCUUGUUCCUAUGAAUACAUUGUUGGGGGAUCAAGGUGAGAUGGAAAUUACCAAACUCCAUAGCAGGGCUGCAGGUGAAGAGGUCAUGGAGAAGGCUGUAGAUUGGGCCUACACACUGGAAAAAGCCAAAACUGAAAGUUGUGUCUUAAACAGUACAGAUAGAAGAAAUGUGGAUUUUACGAGCAGUCAUGCAACUGUUACUUGUAGAUCCAGUGAUAAUUAUUCCUGUUCACCAAACCUCGUUCCCUAUGUUGAUAAUUUAGAGGGGAAUAUCAUGUCCUUGUGUGAUAAAGAUAAGGAGAAAGCCAGCAACUACCCAGUGCCAAGUGAUCUUGCUUAUGCAAAUGAUUUGGCAGCUGAAUGUUGCUUGAAACCUGAGGAAUUGCCUAUCUCUGCUCCUUGUCCUUUGUUAGAGAAGACAGAAGGUACACAAACCAAUACCAAAGGACAGUUAGACUGUGUCAUAACACCACUCAAAGAUCAAGAUGAUCUGGUUAAGGACCCCCAAAAUCUAGCUAAUCAAAUUUUAGUAGGUAGUCAGGGUCCGGGGGAGAUGACUAAACUUAAUUCAAAGCGAGUAUCUUGUAAGCCUCCAAACGCUCAGAUGGAAGAUUUUGUUGAUAAUGCAGAACAUAGAUUAAAGAAGCCCUUUGUUGAUGUUUGUGUUGCUUCUCAGUCUCAUCUCUCAACUCAGCUACCUCCAUUACCUCAAGAAGGACAAAAUAUUGUCAAUAAAGAUGAAACAAUAUUGUCUAGAGCUGAAUAUAAGAAUUUAAAUAUUGUUAUAGGAAAUUUCUCUGUACCCACAUGUGAAAAUGAGCCCACAAUGCUGAAUAAUGAGAAACAGUUUACUAUAGCCUAUAAAAAGCAAUUGAAGGAAAAUAUGCAAACAACUAAAUGUGGUACAGAUACAGAUUGCCACAGUAACUCAGACUUGACUAAGCAAGUCAGUCAAACCCACGCCAAUCUUAAAGAACCAUCAGAUACUGUGAUUGCAUCUGACGCUCCAAGUUUUAGUAGGAUCAAACCAAAUCUGAAUAAUUUGAAUGGAAAAACUGAAGACAUUUUAGAUUUUCAGAUUGUUCAUACACCACCUCCUCCAGAACCGGUACUUGAUUUAGCAAAUAAGGCACCCAAUGAUAUGAGUAUAGCGCAAGCCACAGACAAACAUAUUGACAUAGUGUCCACCAAUGCUAAAGAUGACAGAAAUGAAGAAAAUAAAAAUUCUCAUAAUGGUGCUGAAAUCAACUCUGUAUCAUUCAUGACAGUUGUAAAGGAUAAAGUGAGGAAAUGUUCUUUGGGAAUCUUUUUGCCCAGAUUGCCAAACAAGAGAAAUUGCAGUGUCACUGGUAUGGAUGAGCGGGAGGAGAUUCCAGCUGACACAACUGAUCUAAAUCACUUAGAAACUCAGCCAGUCUUUAGCGAAGAUUUAGGCGUUGGCAUUGUUGCAGCUAAGCUGAACUUAAGUCCAUCUCAAUACAUAAAUGAAGAAAAUCUUCCCACAUAUCCUGAGAUUAAUUCUUCAGACUCAAUUAGUAUAGAAACUGAGGAAAAGACUUUGAUUGACACAUACCAAAAAGAGAUUUCACCAUCUGAAAAUAAAGCAGAAGAAACCUAUACCAGUCAAAAAAGAACAUGGGUACAAGAAGAAGAUGAUGAUAUUCAAAAUGAGAAAAAAAUCAGAAAAAAUGAGGUUAGGCCUAGUGAUACUGCACAAGAUCAGCAGAUAUUUGAUCACCAUACUGAAGGGGAUAGAGAUAAAAGUGCCAACAUUAUGUUGAUGAAAAGCCUGAGCAGGACCCCACCGAGUUGCAGCAGCUCUCUGGAUUCAAUCAAGGCUGAUGGGACGUCUCUGGACUUUAGCACACACCGCAAUAGUCAAGUAGAAUCACAGUUUCUCAGAGACACAAUUUGUGAAGAGAGUUUGAGAGAGAAACUCAAGGAUGGGAGAAUAACAAUCAAAGAGUUCUUUAUACUUCUUCAGGUCCACACCUUAAUACAGAAACCCCGGCAGAGCAAUCUCCCAACCAAAUUUACUGUAAACAUUCCACCUACUCCAGAAGACCUGAUGUUAAGUCAGUAUGUUUAUGGACCCAAGAUACAGAUUUAUAAAGAAGAUUGUGAGGCUCUUCGCCAAAAGAUCGAAGAAUUAAAGCUCUCUGCAUUGAACCAAGAUAAACUGCUGAGUGAUGUAAAUAAGAACCUGUGGGAAAAAAUGAGACGCUGCUCUGAUGAGGAGCUAAAGUCCUUUGGAGUUUACUUGAACAAAAUAAAGUCACGUUUUACCAAGAUGACCAAAGUCUUCACCCACCAAGGAAAAGUGGCUCUCUACAGCAAGCUGGAGCAAUCAGCUCAGAAUGAGAGGGAGAAACUUCAGAUAAGGAUGCAUGAGAUGGACGACAUACUGAAGAAGAUUGAUAACUGUCUCACUAAGGUGGAAAUAGAAACUAAGUAUUUGGAGGAUGAAGAGAAAGAUCCUAUAGCAAAGUGGGAUUCUGAAAUGAGAGCUGCAGAGAAAGAACUGGAACAACUAAAAAUCAAAGAAGAAGAGCUUCAAAGGAAUCUCUUAGAACUGGAGGUACAGAAAAAGCAGACCCUUGCUCAAAUAGACUUUAUGAAAAAACAAACAAAUAGAACCGAAGAGCUAUUAGAUCAGUUGAGCUUGUCUGAAUGGGAUAUCAUUGAGUGGAGUGAUGAUCAAGCUGUAUUCACCUUUCUUUAUGACACAGUAGAGCUCACCAUAACUUUUGGAGAGGCAGUAGUUGGUCUUCCUUUCCUGAACAAGGAUUAUAGGAAGAUUGCUGACCUGAAUUUUCAGUCUCUUUUGGAUGAGGAUAAAGCUCCUCCUUCCUCCCUUUUAGUUCAUCAGCUUAUUUUCCAGUACAUCGAGGAACAGGAGUCCUGGAAAAAGAAGUGUACAACACAGCAUCAGGUGCCCAAGAUGCUUCAAGAAAUUUCAUUAGUAGUGAGCCACUGCAAAUUCCUUGGAGAGGAGAUUGAAUUCUUAAAGAGAUGGGGACCAAAUUAUAACCUCAUGAACACAGAUGUAAAUAAUACUGAAUUGAGGCUUUUAUUCUCCAGCCCUGCAGCAUUUGCUAAGUUUGAGAUAACUUUGUCCCUCUCAGCCCAUUAUCCAUCUGUCUGGUUACCUUUCUCCAUUCAAAAUCACCUUGGGAACAUUGGCCAAGAUGAAAUUGCUGCCAUUUUAUCUAAGGUGCCACGAGAGGACAACUACCUGAAGAAUGUAGUCAAGCAAAUUUACCAAGAUCUGCUCCAGGACUGCCGUUUCCACCAAUAGGCUCAUGGACGACAGCCAUCAGAACCAAGCAGGAUGCAUUUAAUAAUGACAUGUCAGGGUCUCCAUUGUGCUUUGACCUUUGGCCUUUCGGUCUUAGAAAGAAGUCUAGUAAAAUUCCUUCUAGCAAUAUUAUAGUUAAUUUGUAUAGUUUCUAAAUCUCUACAGUCAGGAAUGAUGAGAGGCCUCAAAUAGCCUGCUAUCAACUUGCUUAACUUUCUACUGAAGUUUUUAGUAGUAGGAUACUAAGGGAAAAUUUUUCCUAACUGAAGAACAAUUAAAGAGCAACUUUUAUAUGUAAGAGGGGAUGUUACCACUGACAAAAAAUUCGCUAUUUCCCCAUAUAGAGGACUAUGAUUUUUAGGUAGCCUGGCUUCUACUUGGCAUAUAUUUCUGGAUUAGAGACAUACCUGUGUACAAACUACUCAUUCUUUUUCUACAUUCCAGAAAUGCCAUUAACAGAAAGCAGUAGCACUCAGCUAUUGGAAUGCUUGCCAUCUUUUCUUGAGGCCCUUUCCAUCCUUUAUUGUAUAGUGUAUAUUAGUGUUUUCAUAAUCAUUGAGUGUAUUUUUUCUAGGGAAAGUUAAUUCAUUUUGGUCCAGUGUAUAUAUGUAAAUAUACUAAUGUUGUUUUUGGUGUUUGUGACAUAGUAAUUACACUUCAAACCAUAUCACAUCCAAAACCCCAGUUUUGUCAAGUUCUGGUAGUAGUAAUGAACUUAAUAUUAGUAUCAAUUCCUGAAACCACAUCCUCCUUAUACACAAAAAUAAACGUA